AUGCGUUCGACAAAAACAGUGAAAUUUGUCGAUCCAACACCGAAUGACUCGCGUGUGGUUCUCAAUGUCGGCGGAAUGAGAUUUGAGACUCAACGUGCAACACUUAAGAAACUACCGGCUACACGUCUCUCCAAAUUAACUCCACAAUUAUCGUAUUAUGAUCCUGUUUUAAAUGAAUACUUCUUCGACAGAAAUCCGGGCGUAUUCUCUCAAAUAUUGAACUACUAUCGUACAGGACAACUACAUUAUCCAACCAAUGUCUGUGGACCGUUGUUCGAAGAUGAAUUGUCGUAUUGGGGAAUCCAACGUGAAGAAGUUGAACCGUGCUGUUGGAUGACCUAUACGAAACAUCGAUCGACGCAAGAAACGCUUCAGACUCUUGAUUCACUGGAAUUAGAUACUGUUCGAUCAACAUCUGACGAUAUUUUAAGAAAAUUCGGUUGGGAAGAUGAUCUUCAUUUACUCACAUCGGGUAAAUUGAAAACUCAUCAACGUAUAAGAUCAAUCAUUUGGCAAAUUUUCGAAGAACCACGCUCUUCGAAAGCAUCAAAAGUCAUUGCAUUAGUUUCGAUAUUUUUUAUACUUUUGUCCAUCACAACGUUCGUUAUUCGCACAAUGACAAUUUUUGAAAUAAUUGAUUACGAUUUUGUUGAUGUUUAUGUCGCGAAUAAUAGAACUGAACUAGCAUUAAUUCAUCACAUUGAUCGAGCUGAUAAUAUAGCUGGCUUUAACACUGUUGAAUGGAUUUGUAACUCUUGGUUUAUAUUCGAAAUUACCCUACGAUUUAUUGUCGCUCCUUCAAAAAAAGCUUUCCUUUUCUCCAUACUUAAUUGGAUAGAUUUUCUGGGUACAUUCUUGUUUUUCCUUACUUAUGUUCUAUACGAUGUUUAUCGAUACGAUGGUCACUAUGCAUCAUUGGAUUUACUUUCUACAAUACGUGUUGCACGUAUGUUCAAGUUAAUCAACAUGCAUCCACGUUUAAGAGUCAUCACCACAGCCAUCACAUACUCAUCCUCGCUAUUGAGUUUAACGAUAUAUUUUUGUAUAUUGUCAAUUCUGAUUGCUGGUGCAACAUUGUAUUACGUCGAACGCCUAAGUAAUCCAAGUGAAAGUCAAUUGAUCUCAGUUAUUGAUGGUAUAUGGUUGGCAUUGACAACAAUAACUACGAUUGGCUAUGGAGAUACAGUCCCUAAAUCACUCUUCGGUAUGAUAUUCGGUGCGAUAACAACGAUUAUCGGUGUCUUAAUUAUUGAUUUACCAAUGCCAAUUAUAAAUGAAAUCUUUGAUAAUUUCAAUCGACAUUUAUUAGCGCGGCAGCAAUUACCCAAACAACGGAGGCGAACUACUCCGGCAGCUAUUCCACACAAAAUUCAACCGUUGAUGCCGUCGAACAGGCAUAGACAUCACCAUCAACAGUAA